UAACUUUAAACUAACAUAUCCAAAUUUGGUUACAAAUAAUUAUAUAAAAAUGUUUGAUCAUAAACCUGUCGAGGUCCAUUCCAGCAUUGUAUAUUUUGCUUGUUCUCUUCUGCUAAUGCCAACAUCAUCUAACUGUUUGUUUCUCCACCGUUACUCCUUUAGUCGUUUUAAGCAAGGAUUAUGAAAAGUAUCCCAAAGAUAAUGUGCAGAAUAUAUAGUACUACUACAAUAAGUUGUUGGAUCGUAGGGAUUUGAGACACCUUAUUACACCGUAAUGAUUAUUUAGUAGUAUAUAAUAAAAUUGAGUGUGAUUGGGAAAGCUGGCGUAAAUAAGAAGAAAUAAAAGUAGCGUAAGGGCAUCUUUAUCGGGGGUGUCUAACCCCUGUCUCUUAUGUUAAUUGCCAAUUUAAAAAAAAAAAUAGAAAAGGAGCAAAACACAUCGCUUAAACAAGCCACGGUAGGGACGUCGCUUAGAGACAGGUGUCGAAAGAAGACUGGGCGAAGGAGAGAUGGUGUUUCGGCCUUCUCGGGUUCUCUCUUGCGUGAUGUUUUGCCUCGACGAAAUCGUGUCUCUCUCUCUCUCGAAACCUCUCCGCGGUGGAUCGGAUCUUCUCCGGCUCGUCUCUCUCGGUUGAUCACGCCGGCGAUCUAGGUCUCCUCGGCGUUCUACCUCUCUCGAUUCUCCUCGCUGAGGAACCCUUUGGGCUUCUCUCUCUCGAUUCCCCUGGUCCGUCGGUGGUCUCUUCUCCGGCUCUUCUUCCUCGGUGGCUCUCGUCAGCGUUGUCUCUCUUCUUGGCGGUGUAUCUCUCUCGAUUCCUCUCCUAUGGGUCACCCUUUGGCCUUCUCUCUCUCUCGAUUCCUCUCGUCGGUGGCUCUGGUCAUCUACGCGACGCAUCCCUCGGAGGCUCUCAUUGGCGACCUAUCUGUCGUCGGCGAUCUAUCUGAUGGUGUCUCUCCUCGACAGACCUCUCUCUCUCUCUGCGGCUCUCCGAAAAUCAAAAGGUGGCUCUCCUCGACGGUGACGGAGUACUCUCUCGGUGGUUCUCCUGAAAUCGAAAGGGAUCAAAGACUUGAGGAAGGAUCAUCGAAGAGAGGAGUACGCAGAAAUACAGAGAAAAGAGAUGGUACAAACGAAAGUACAGAUACGAAAGAUGGGAGAUACAUGCAUGAUCAAAAGCCAAGUAAACAUGUAUCAACGACAAUAUACAGCCAUAGCUAGACGUUGCGAAAAUGAAUAAAAAAAAAAAGAAAUGUGUACAUGUAUACUGUGACAAAAAGUAUGUACAUUGCAAGGUUUGAAUAGUUCGUUUAACUAGAGUUAUGUAUUUACAUUUUUAGUCUAGGAUAAAAUGUAGAGUUAUGUAUUUAUACAGUAGUACAAGUAGGGUAAACUGUAGAGUUAUGUAUUUACAUAUAUCCUUUUAGUCGAAGAUAUUUCCUUAACACAGUGACCGUAACGGUUUUACAGUUGCCAAAAAGAAGAAGGUUUAUCGUAUGACGUUACUCUGUAACAUCUGAAUUCUGAAUAUCUGAUGGGUUUAUUAUGUAUUCUUUCAUCUGA